CGCCGGCCGCACGACCGAGUCGGUGCGGCUCCCUGGCGGCUGGAGGGAGGUGCGGCCCUGAGGAGAGGGCGGCGACGGUGGGCCGGCCGGGGAGACGAGGCCGGUGUGGCUGCAGAGGAGGGAGCGAGGGGCGCGUCUGCGCUCGGGGAGACCCACGUGUGGCGGAGCUGAGCUGCCACUGAAGGAAGGGUCGGGACUAAUUUAGAGACCUGGAAAUAAAAUGGUGCAGCGUUGUACUGCAAGUCAACCAAUACAGCAAUUUAAGUCACUUCUGUAAUGGAAAAGUAUGAAAAAUUAGCUAAGAUUGGAGAAGGGUCUUACGGGGUUGUUUUCAAAUGCAGAAACAGAACCUCUGGACAAGUGGUAGCUAUUAAAAAAUUUGUGGAAUCUGAAGAUGAUCCUGUUGUUAAGAAAAUAGCAUUAAGAGAAAUACGUAUGUUGAAGCAAUUAAAGCACCCAAACCUUGUGAACCUCAUUGAGGUGUUCAGGAGAAAAAGGAAAAUGCAUUUAGUUUUUGAAUACUGUGAUCAUACACUUUUAAAUGAGCUGGAAAGAAAUCCAAAUGGAGUUGCUGAUGGAGUGAUCAAAAGUAUAUUAUGGCAAACACUUCAAGCUCUUAAUUUCUGUCAUAAACAUAAUUGUAUUCACAGAGAUGUAAAACCUGAAAAUAUUCUGAUAACUAAGCAAGGAAUAAUCAAGAUCUGUGACUUUGGAUUUGCACGAAUUCUGAUUCCAGGAGAUGCCUACACUGAUUAUGUCGCUACAAGAUGGUACCGAGCUCCUGAACUUCUUGUGGGGGAUACUCAGUAUGGUUCUUCAGUUGAUGUAUGGGCUACUGGUUGCGUUUUUGCAGAGCUCCUGACAGGCCAGCCCCUCUGGCCUGGAAAAUCAGAUGUGGAUCAGCUUUAUCUGAUAAUCAGAACACUGGGAAAACUAAUCCCAAGACAUCAAUCUAUCUUUAAAAGUAACCAGUUUUUCCAUGGCAUCAGUAUUCCUGAACCAGAAGAUGUGGAAACUCUUGAAGAAAAGUUCUCAGAUGCUCAUUCCAUGGCUUUGAAUUUCAUGAAGGAGUGUCUGAAGAUGAAUCCAGAUGACAGGUUAACCUGUGCCCAACUCCUGGAGAGCCCCUACUUUGAUUCUUUCCGAGAGGACCAAAUUAAAAGAAAAGCACGUAAUGAAGGAAGAAACAGAAGACGGCAGCAGAAUCAACUGUUGCCUCUCAUACCAGGAAGCCACAUCUCCCCCACACCUGAUGGAAGAAAACAAGCCCUCCACUUAAAAUUUGAUCAUCUUCCAAACAUUUAGGAAAAUGUUCUUUCAUGUGGAAAGUAAUUUAAUAUGUACACAUUUUUGUACAAGACAGAUAGGAAUUCUCAGUGUUUCAAAUGCAAAUGAGCCAUAUGAAAAUUAAGAUGCCUUUCUAGAAUUGUUUUUGCUCUGAUCAUUACUGAUUCCUCUGCCCGUGCUUUUCACAUGCCAACUUUAUCUUUCAGAACAUUUUCUUUAAAUGUUAUAAAGUCUGAAACUGCACAUAUGGAGGAGACAUUUUCAAUUUCAUCAGAGCAGCCCUUCUUGAGGCAAUUUAUAUUGAGAAUUUGUGGGCUUGCUAUACUUUGAUUUAUGAAAAAGAUUUGCAUAUAUCAUCUGGCUUCAACUGACCACAUAAUGUCUUAGAGCAAUCAAAUAGCUUGCCUAGCUGUUGUUUGUGUAAGGAAUGACAUUAUAUUUCUGCAUUUUAAUUCACUCUUAUUGUAACCAGGUCUGUUGAGUGAUACUGAUAUUUUAUACUGUGUUUUUAUAUUGGUGUAGGAAGGGAACCUUGAAAUGUCAUUUAGGCUUAUUCCUUGAUUCCAGGGCAGACUCUAAUUUCUCUGUCUCGUGAGACGUUGAUAAUUCCAUUUUUAAAGCUAGUGAGAGAAAAUGCCAUACGCUUACAUAGCAGAUAGUGGAUGAACUGCAAGGAAUUACCAUCCUCAUAAUAUGCUAGAAUAAUUGACUGCUGAUUCUAAUGCUGUCCUUUGGUACAUCAUGGCUUCUUAUCCUUUUCUCCUCCUGGCUAAAUCAUCUCACUACCUAAACCUAUCCUCCUGGGUGUAUUUUCUAAAAGGUUUAUUAUCAACAGUCUCUUCCAAACAUUUGCAUCCAUAGCCUCUAUGAACUUGUGCAGCCCUAAACUUGUGCAUCAUGAUCAGGUCAGGCUUCUAAAUGUUUCUGAGAGCAGGAAGAUUAUCUUUCUGUUAGCCUUCUUUUGUGUCUCUUACCAAAAAGAGAAGCAAACAAACAAAACACUUCCAUAGGUGAUCCCAAUUUACAUUGGGUAUUUUCCUAAGUAGACUUGACCAACAAUACCUACCUACAUACAUACAUACGUGUGUGUGUGUGUGUGUGUGUGUGUGUGUGUGUACGUACACAUAUAUUUAAUUAUAAAUUUUGAAGCACUAUAAUAGAUGACUUUUAUCCUGGACAUCUAAGAAUGACACAGAAUGUUUAGAGUAUUUUUCGUUUGCUAAUAAGGAACUCAUAAAAUAAUAGCAUGGAUCUGUCCAUCACGGUCUGGCAUAAAGACACAAAAUGGUGAUGUUCCUAUCCGUAAAUAUUAAGAGUAUUUCACUAACUCUUUUCUGCUCUUCGGUUUGAUGUGCUCACUGAACAUUGUCAAAUUUUGCAAAUACACAUAAUUCCAAAAAUUCUUUGUAUCUGGCCCCAGACAGCAAGCAGAAAUUGUUUAUAAGGAAACACAAUAACACCUAAUAUUCAUCUCUAAAAGUUUAUUGCACUUAUAAACCUGGCUAUGUAAAUUUCCAGAGAAUUUCAUUCAGUUAUUAGGAAGCAUCUCUUUACUAAGGAAUUGUGGCAUCUAAGCAAUAGUUCCUUGCCCACUGGAAGGACAUUCUAAGUGGGCUUAUUUGGCCAUUUAACAUUCUGAGAAUGAAUAUAAGCUGUUAGGUACUUCUUAUUUUCACCGCACUAUUGAGAAUGUGCCUCUUCAGAUUUGUUUCUUGCAUUUUUAGUAAGAUGGUACCACAGGUGCAAGGAAAAUGAGAAAUAAAAGAUAAAAGGGAACUUUGCUGAGAGAUUUCUUUUUAGCUUUCAUUGUGUUUUUAUCAUGUAAGCCUUCUUUUCUUAUUGCCAAACCACUCAUGCUGCCCCAGCUCUCCCAAGUAUGUAUAAUACAUAUAUAAUACACACACAUACACACACACACACACACACACACAGAAAGUAAGAAGACAGCACAAAACUCCCUUGCUCAUUUUGCUUAAUUAUAAUUGUGCUUCAAACAGUAAUGGGGUUUGGGGCAUAUGUUAAUAGGGUGACUGUCUUCCCUAAUUUUUGCUUACGUUUGAGAAUUAAUUCAAACUAGCAUUUCACAAUUGUUUUUCCUUAGAUCUAUCACUUAGGUCUCAUUGGAGAGGCGAAAGCAUCUAAUGCUUAGAAAAAUGUUCUGAUGCAAGCAUAUCACCACAAAGUAAAAAAACAAUGACAUUUGCAUACUUGACUUGCCCUGGGUGACCCAGGCCACGUAGCUUCUGCUGCAUGAAUCACCCAGGCGCACAGAUCUCAGACAGCAACCUUUUCCUGUUUCCAGUGCAUAUUUCUCACCACUGCACUACACAGAAUCCCUUGCAUUCCUCAGCCACAUGGAAGACAGUUGCACUUCAGUGUCUAGGACCCAAAUUAAGUAAUGAUUUGUAGAACUUACCCUCAGCAAAUAGUUUUGCCCUAGGCUCCUCACAGAAGCCCACACAAUUCUGUAAACACUCCUUUCCUUCACAGUCUUGUAUAGUUUCUGGCUUACCUGGGACUUGUGCCACCUGUGCCAGCUUUCCAGCUGUUUCAUUUAUUUAUAUAGCUUUUUUUUUGGUGCUGUCCAAAUACCGCGCCGUCAGGGUGAGCAAUGCCACGUGAAUACUUCCUUUUCUCCACUUCUGCAUGACCUCUGUGCUCCCUGGUUUUUUCCAAUUUUCCGCGCGUGGACCUGAGAGUCUCCAAGCUGUUUUGUUUGUUUGUUUGUUUGUUUGUUUGUUUGUUUGCAGAACACUUUGCAGGGAGUUAAAAAUGCAGACUUCACUUCUUCUUAGUGCCCCUGCUGCUUGGGGAAGAAGAAAACGCAUCAUAGAAAAGGACAUUUAAUUAGACCUGUAUCAGCCCCGUAAGCCUAUUUGCUUGGACUGUCUUUAGUUUCCAUUUCAGUCCUGGUGAUAUUUGAAUGUAGUCAUUGUUCCAACUUGCCCCAACCACAAAGCCCUUUUGGAGGGUCACUUUUUGAAGAUUGUUUUAACUGGACUGAAGCACUGAAAAGUUGUGUUCAAGAGGCUUUUGAAUGCUUUGGAUUAGGGAGAUGAUUGAGGAGAGGGUGAAAACAAGCUCUCAGGCAGGGAUUGAAGAGCUGAGUGGGGCAUAGGUGUCCCCUCUCCUAAAUUAGCUGUGUCACUGCUCUUCAUUGCUCCUGCAGAUCCCCAAACUACAACACCUAAGAAAAGUAACAAGUUAUUUAGCUUGCUUGCCAUAGAAUUACAAUUUUUUUCAAAAAGAUGACAAUUUCUUAGUCAUUUGUCACCACCAAUGAUGUCCAAUCAUGGUUUUAGAACAAAGGGCACAAAUUCACCCACCCACCCCAAAUUUUAAAACAUACUACCAGAAGAGGAAUGAUCCUAAAAUUUCACAAAAUAGUAUAAUCUUGAAAAAAUUGAGGUGUCUGUGUAGAUAUUAGCUGAAUCACAACUAUACAGAUUUUUUUAAUGCAUACAGUUGAGGCAUAAAGAUAAAAUGUCACAAGUUAAAGUAAUGUUCUCGGUAUGUGUAUGUGUGUUUGUCUUUGAUUAAAAUCAUUAACUUAGCAACUUCAUUCUUGUUUUAGUAGAUGACUAAAAGUCUUUAAGAUUGGUAGUUUAGAGAAUAAUAGAAAUACUAUUUGGCCUGGAAGUUAGGACACCAGGUUUUAGGCCUGGCUUGCCACUCUUUAGCCUUGUCAUGACGUGUAACUUUUCUGUGCCUUCAUUUUCUUGUUGUAAAAUAAGAGAGUAGAUAAAUUAGAUGGUCUAAGGAUCCCCUUCAGCUCUAAAGCUCUGUGAUUCUCUAUAGCACGUGUCCUGGACACAUGUCCC